AAUUUUCUGAAGCUCUGCAAAGUCAAGUACUACAACUACUGUCUUAUUUACAAUGUACAGAGGGAUUUUAUUAUACAGACCGGUGACCCCAUGGGAACUGGCCGUGGAGGGGAAUCCAUAUUUUGUCAGCUGUAUGGUGAUCAAGCUAGAUUUUUCGAGGCAGAAAAAGUGCCGAGAAUUAAGCACAAGAAGAAGGGAACGGUGUCGAUGGUGAACAAUGGCAGUGAUCAGCAUGGAUCACAGUUUCUCAUUACCACAGGGGAAAACUUGGAUUACCUUGAUGGUGUGCAUACAGUGUUUGGAGAAGUGACAGAAGGCAUGGAUGUGUUGAAGAAAAUUAAUGAAACCUUUGUAGAUAAGGAUUUUAUCCCAUAUCAGGAUAUCAGGAUAAACCAUACGGUAAUUUUAGAUGAUCCAUUUGAAGAUCCACCUGGCUUGUCUGUUCCUGAUCGCUCACCAGAGCCUACUAAGGAACAGCUAGACAGUGGCAGAAUAGGAGCAGAUGAAGAAAUUGAUGACUUGAAAGGACUAUCUACAGAUGAAAUAGAAGAAUUUCAGGCAGAAAAAGAAGCAAAAACUCGUGCCAUUCUUCUGGAAAUGGUAGGAGAUUUGCCAGAUGCAGAGAUCAAGCCACCAGAGAAUGUGCUGUUUGUUUGUAAACUGAAUCCUGUGACCACAGAUGAAGACCUAGAGAUAAUAUUUUCACGAUUUGGUCCCAUUAAAAGCUGUGAAGUGAUUCGAGACUGGAAGACUGGUGAAUCUCUUUGUUAUGCUUUCAUUGAGUUUGAAAAGGAGGAGGACUGUGAGAAAGCCUACUUCAAAAUGGACAACGUGCUGAUAGAUGACAGACGGAUACAUGUGGAUUUUAGCCAGUCUGUUGCAAAGAUUAAGUGGAAGGGCAAAGGUGGGCGGUAUACCAAGGAUGAUUUCAAAGAGUAUGAAAAAGAACGUGACAGACCUUCAAAACUUGCUCUGAAAGAGAAGGCAAAACCGAAGCAGGAUGCCAAGUAUGACCUUGUGCUGGAUGAGGAUGUAGAAGAGUCUCGAACAAGUCAGUCACACUUGGCUAAAAAACAGAAAAAGAAAAAGCACCACCAUUCUGAAGAUGAAGAGGAUGACAGGAGGACAAAAAAAUCUAAGGGUUUGGAUGGAAAACAUGAAGGAGAAGGAAGCAGGGAGAAGGCAAAGAGCGAGAAGAAAGACAGGCACCGGAGCCGCAGCCGGUCUCAAGAGAGAGACCAUGCUCACAGCAGGCAGAAGGACAAACACAGAGACGACUUCCGAGACUGGGAGAGGAAAGCAGACAGAAGCAGAAGUCCUAAGAAAUCAAAAGACAAAGAGAGGUCCAAGUAUAGAUGA